CAGAACCUUACGGCUUGGUUGAGAGGCCAAGAAGCACGCACGGACAGAACGGACGUUAAUCCACUCAGAGCCUGAGCGAGGGCCACAAAACUAGCCGAGGAAAACAUGGGGCUGUUGUCCAUUCUUCGGCGGCUAAAGCAGUCUCCAGAACAGGAGGUGCGCUUACUGCUGUUAGGAUUGGACAAUGCCGGCAAGACCACUCUGCUAAAACAGCUGGCAGCCGAAGAUGUCAGCCACAUCACCCCCACACAAGGCUUUAAUAUCAAGAGUGUGCAGUCUUCUGGCUUCAAGCUGAACGUUUGGGACAUUGGAGGUCAGCGUAAGAUCCGACCUUACUGGAGGAAUUAUUUUGAGAACACAGAUGUGCUGAUCUAUGUGAUUGACAGCUCAGAUAGGAAACGAUUUGAAGAGACAAGUCUGGAGCUAGCCGAAUUGCUUGAGGAGGAAAAGCUUGCCGCCGUGCCGCUGCUAAUCUUUGCCAACAAGCAGGACCUGAUGACAGCCGCUCCAGCGUCAGAGCUGGCAGAAAGUCUCCAUCUGCACACAAUCCGGGAUCGUAUGUGGCAGGUGCAGGCCUGCUCAGCGCUCACCGCUGAGGGAAUUCAGGAUGGGAUGACCUGGGUUUGCAGAAAUAUAAAGUUUCGGAAGAAGCCAUGAAAAAUUACAGUGUUCUAUGUUCAGGACAAGGAGGCAAGAUAAUGUGGUAUUUUUUUUAAGACACUUUUGUCUUUUUGUCCUUAUGUGGCAUCAUAAUAAUAAGUCACUCUCAAUACAGCUAUCCAGCACUUGCUAACCUAACCCCAUAUUACAUAUCUUGACAUGUAUAUACUGUAAAUAGAAUGUUUUAUUUAAACUGUGCACAUUUUUUGUAAUUAAAUUGUGUUUUAUGGACAA